CACCUUAAAUGUCUCAGAGGGUGAUUUAAAAUAUGAGAAAAAGUGACUAAAAAGUUAUGGAGCGCUCCGGUCAAGUCGAACCAACUCAGCUGGUGAACACCACAAACGACAGUUUUAUCACCGAGCCGUCCGCUGUGGAUGUGGGCGCAGAGAGUCUCGCCUAUCAGAUCAGUCUGGCGGUGAUCCUCUCCGUUAUCACGCUCGCCACCACUUUAUCCAACGCGUUCGUCAUCGCUACGAUCUCCCAGUCGAAGAAGCUGCAAACUCCCGCGAACUUUCUGAUCGCGUCCCUGGCCAUCACCGACCUGCUGGUGUCCAUCCUGGUGAUGCCCAUCUGCGUCCUGUACACCGUCAUCCACAUCUGGACGCUGGGGCAAAUCGUGUGCGACAUCUGGCUCUCCUCGGACAUAACGUGUUGCACGGCGUCCAUCCUCCACCUGUGCGUAAUCGCUUUGGAUAGGUACUGGGCCAUCACGGACGCGGUGGAGUACUCCAAAAAGCGCACGCCGGGGCGCGCAGCCGGGAUGGUGGCCACAGCCUGGGUCAUCGCCAUCUCCAUCUCCCUGCCGCCUCUCUUCUGGAGGCAGGUGAAGGCGGAGGAGCUGACCAGCUGCAGCGUCAACACGGAUCAUAUUUUCUACACCAUCUACUCCACCUUUGGGGCUUUCUACAUCCCCACCUUGCUGCUUAUUGUCCUCUACGGACGGAUAUACGUGGAGGCGCGGAAACGGAUCCUGAAGCAGUCCCCCAAGAAAGUGGGGAAGAGACUCACCUCUGCGCACCUGGUCACCAACUCUCCUGGGUCCGUGGCGUCCACGAGCUCUCUGCAGUGCGGGAGGCACGACACCCCGUCCAGCGACACCGGGUCCUCCACGAGCGAGAACCAGGUCAAAGUGACGGUGUCCGACGCGCUUUUGGAGAAAAAGCGCAUUUCAGCAGCCAGAGAGAGAAAAGCGACCAAGACUUUGGGGAUAAUCCUCGGCGCUUAUAUCGUUUGCUGGCUGCCCUUUUUCAUUUACACACUGGUGGUGGCCACGUGUGACUCAUGCUUCAACCCCGAGUUGUUUGACUUUUUCACCUGGUUGGGAUAUCUGAACUCUCUCAUCAACCCCAUCAUUUACACCAUGUCCAACGAGGACUUCAAGAAAGCUUUCCAUAAACUUGUGCGCUUCAGAUGCUGCAGGUCGUGAACGAAUCAAUAAGAUUUAUUUCUGUAUUUAUUUUUGGAUAUGAAGUUCUAAAGAUAUAUAGAAUAGUAAGAAUGCCAUAAACAAUAUAGUUUCUGGAGACAUUAUAAGAUGUGCAUGCAAAAGAAGAAAACAUCCAUAUUUUAGUCAUAUAGAGAUAUAAAAAAGGCAAACAAAUGAAAGCAAUCUGGAGUAAAAUUGUUCCAUAUAAUCCCCAUGGAUUUAAGCACAAACCACUCCAAGACAAAAUUCUUUAAAAAGCUUUUUUUUAAUUGAAAAAGAUUUAAUUUAGAAAGGGUGACGUGUUGGAGAAAAUCCAUUGAAUGCCUCAUAUAAGCUCCUCUUGAUGAUUCAUUUUGCUGUGUUGUAGGGUAAAUUCAGUGAUUGGUUGUUAUGGAUUCCUGUUUGGAUGAUAUUAAAGUAAUGCACAGCACAAGGACCAGAGAUUAUGAUCAUCUUACAUGAUUCAUUAAAAUAUAUUUAAAAGUGGUUGCCUCUUUUUUGCAUUAUGUGUGCAAAAAAGGUAGUUUUAUUUGAAAACUACACUACAUGUCUGUGUAUUCUGAGAUAAGCUACCAUGGUAUAUAUUUUUAUUCUGGUCGUGCUGCCCUGUACGGUUGUCGUUUAGAAAGGCACACUCAUGCAGUUGGAAAAAAAAGAGAAAAGAUUCAUAUCAGUGUCAAACAAAGAAACUGUAGCUGAUAUUUACCCAGCAGAGCUGAAAGCUGAUCAUAAGUUCAAUUUUGCUGAACAAACACCACCUUGUUUUACUGUGUGUGUGGGUCUGUUUGCUGCUGCAUUAAAUCUGUAUCUACAGUAUGUUACGUUCAUCUGUGAAAUGGUUUGCCAUCACCUGGCUAUAGAGAGUGAUUUAAACUGUAGUGUCUGGCCUGCAGAGCUGCACAAAUAAUGCUGUGCAUCUGCCAGCAUUAUGUGAAAUAAAGGUGUUUAUCUGUCAAAUUCAGAGAUGCUGUGCAAUAAAGGCUUUAAAGUA